AUGAGACAAGACAACGAAUUAGAAAAACAUUUAUUGACUAGAUCAUAUGAUUCACAUUCUCAUAUUGUUGAAAUGUUAGAAGAAAGAUAUUCAAUAAUGGGUGAACAAAAACCAUACAUUUUAUUCAAGCCAUUAAGAAGAACAAUAACAACAACACCACCUAAGAAGACAUCUAGAAUCAGAAAGGGCACAAGAAUAGAACUAAAAGAAUAUUUUAACAAAACAAUACUGAAUCAAAAGAAACUAGUUAAAAAAAUACAAUAUUAUAACUAUAUACGCAAGUCAUUAGAUCUCGAAGCUAAUUUAAAGUAUUAUAAAAUACCCAAAUUUGAAGAUUUUAUUAAUUUACAUAAUAUUUGGCAAAUGUAUAUUCGAAGUUUAAUAUUUAGUGCUGAUGAUUACACAAAAUUACAAUUUCCAAUGAAUCAAGUAUUGACCAAACUUUCAUCUGCAGAUUAUAAUGGAUGUUUAAUAACUGUAAAACAGAGUAAAAAUUGUAAUAUUGUUGGAUUGAGAGGUAUUAUAGUCUGGGAUACUCAACAUUCAUUCAUUAUAGUGACUCCAAGAGAAGAAUUAAGUAGAGAAUGGAAUGAAGGAAAAUCAAAUUUUACACCUAAUGAAUUAGUAGGUGGGUUUAAAAUCAUACCUAAACAUCAUUCAAUUUUCAGUUUUGAGAUAGAGAUACCUACUACUAAUGAAGUAUUAGAAUUUAGUAUAAUUGGCUCAAGAUUCGAAAUUAAAAGUGUUGAUCGAUCAAGUAAGAAAUUUAAAAAUCACAGUAUUGAAGAUAUUUUAUAA